AUGUUUGCAACGUACUACAAGAUUGUUGUGCCGGCAGUGCUGCUUUUCUUGGCAACGCCACUCUGCCACGUAUCGUGCAAGGCACUUCCUUCUAGCGAUUCUUUUCUGCCACAAGUGCGGAUACCGAGGACGCUGUACGGAACUCCGCAGGAAAUGUUUCUCCAGCUCAUGGCUUACAAGACGCUGAAAAUAGCUGUGAAGAUGCAGAAGAUGGAAUGUUACAAGAGGUUUUUCUGCCAAGUGUCGCACGCGAUGGGAAUGAGCUCCUUCAAAGCGUCCUUCGCCAACAAAUUCAUGAGUGGCAUUGCUGAGCUGCCCGACUCCUUCUUGGGAGCCAUUGGCAAAGGAUGGAUUGGCCAAAACUGCACCCAGGCGUUCAGGUCGUGUGACCGAGCCAGGGACUUCGUCCGGCGCAUUGUAGACGCUGUCUUGAACACAAAACCGAGUGUGGAAUGAACACCGAUAGUAUAGCGGCUUGUUGAAUACCUUUAUUUAUACAAUGUGGAUGACACAUGUCUCAAGCGGAAGCAUUUUCAAGCGCCAUCACUACAGCGUUCCCGCAGAACUUCCCCGUGACAGCACCCAAGAUGGACUUGAACACCUCUGUAUACGCAGGCUGGUGUUGCGAGAGCAUGCUGGCUGUUCUUAACAUUGAAGCACAUUAAUGAAUGACAAGUUUGUAUGCUCCA